AAAAGAGCUAAUCUUCUAGCUAAAAGUAUAGUAGACACCCACAUAUCACACAUAUUUGUGCACUUCAUUUUCAAUCCACAGCACCUGCUAGCUUACCCUCGGCUCCCAAUCAGAUCGAUGGCUGGGAUUAACAUGCUACCAUUGGCCACGUCAUGUAUUCUCCUUUUGGCAUUUCUUAUCUCCGAUGUAUCCGAGGGAAGGGCGACUCCUUCGUUGACCAGAUUAUCAGCUGACGACCGGCGGCUGUCAUCAUCAUCCUCAAACUAUGCCGUCUUCAACAGUAACCCGAGUCCCGGCGCCGGUCAUCAUGAUACUCCCGGAGGUAGCACACCCCCAGCAGCUGCCUCCGCCGAUGGCCUGCCGUCGUCGUCCUCUAUGUAUACCGUCUUCAACAGUAACCCAAGUCCCGGCGCCGGUCAUCAUGACACUCCCGGAGAUAGCACACCCCCAGCUGCCUCAGUUCCCGCCAUUAAUUAAAAUGAUGAAAAGCCUUAAUGCCUUAUACACAUAUAUUGACCCAUCUUCAACCUUGAAUCAUUCGAUUUACAACCACAUACACAUAUAUUUCGAAGUUACAUUUUAUGUAUUUAAACAAUGAUCAAAAGUAUUGAUAUCAAAGAAUAAGAAUUAAUGAAAUACUACGUAUUUCUACCUAUGUUUGGUGCUUCUACCACGUGUGAAUUAUACGGUUCAUACUUCAUGCCAAGGUUUUAAAUAGUCGUAGCGGUAGCGGUAGCAGUCAUCGCGGUAGCGGCCCGUAGCCGACUGUAGCGGUUGUAGUGGCGUGAAAUAUUUUCAAUUGUGC